AUUGCAACUCUGUCUUUUUUCUGCCUCCAUUUCCUGCCAAUAGCACGUUUGUAAAACUCUUUCCUGUCGUACUUUUGCCAGACCAAGUUGGCUUCGGAGGUGCACAAUGCAGAUCUUUGUUAAAACCCUAACGGGUAAGACCAUCACUCUUGAGGUCGAACCGUCGGAUACCAUCGAGAAUGUCAAAGCCAAGAUCCAGGACAAAGAAGGAAUUCCUCCAGAUCAGCAGCGUCUAAUCUUUGCUGGCAAGCAAUUGGAAGAUGGUCGCACUCUUUCCGACUACAACAUCCAAAAAGAGUCAACCUUGCACUUGGUGCUCCGCCUUCGUGGUGGUGCCAAGAAACGCAAGAAGAAGAACUACUCUACCCCCAAGAAAAUUAAGCACAAGAGGAAGAAGGUCAAGCUAGCUGUCCUUAAAUACUACAAGGUUGACGAGAAUGGAAAGAUCCAUCGCCUGAGACGCGAGUGUCCCGGAGAUAACUGUGGUGCUGGAGUCUUCAUGGCUGCCCACGAGGAUCGUCAUUACUGUGGCAAAUGCAACUUGACUUUUGUGUUCAGCAAGCCAGAAGAGAAGUAGUGCGCAGGCGCUUUUUUAUCAGGCAUUCAUUUUUGCUGUAAUUAAGUGAAUAAAUAUGAACUAAUAUAAGCCUGAA